AUGACCUCUCCCCCUGCCUCUACUAUCCUCGACGAAAAGGACAGAGCCUCGGUUCCCGAGCAAAUUCGUCCGGAUUCAUCUUUGGAGCGAGACAAGGCUGCACUCUUGGCACCUCCCAGUCUAAGUCCCAAAACAACAAGAACUAGCGGCGAUGGACUUCGUAUUCAUGGAAAUGCCUCUACUCCGGCCAAUAUUGGUGGGAACACAGAUAUCGAACGAGCCGACUCGGUUCACAGCCUUGGUGCUGGAGGGAUAGGCCCAGACAGAGUUCGCCGCCGACGAAACCGACGUGCUCCGGAUUCAUCAUGGAACCCACGUGCUCCCCCCGCUCCUCGUCGAGCCAACAGUCUUCCCGUUGACCCCGUAACGAUAGUCCCAGCGACACCCAAGAUUGACUUUGGCCAUGCCUUGAGCAAGAUGCUUGUACCCCAACAGAAGCUAGCCCCAGCCCCGACAUGGACACUCAGUGCUGUAAACAUCAUGAAGUAUAGCUAUCUCAAUAUUCUUCUUGUAUUCGUACCAGUCAGUUGGGCAUGUCAUUUCACCGGACAACAACCUACCAUAAUUUUCAUCUUCAGCUUCCUAGCUAUUAUUCCACUGGCAGCCUUGCUCGGGUUCGCAACAGAAGAACUUGCUCUUCGCGUCGGUCAAACACUCGGAGGUCUACUCAACGCCACGUUUGGAAAUGCUGUCGAGCUUAUCAUUGCCAUUCUCGCGCUCGUUCGAGGGGAGCUUCGCGUCGUACAAGCUAGCAUGCUCGGAAGUAUUCUUUCUAAUUGUUUACUCGUCCUUGGCAUGUGCUUCUUCGCUGGUGGUAUACGCUUCCACGAACAGGGAUAUGGCGUUCGGGCGGCCCAGCUCAAUAUAUCUCUGCUGUGUAUCAGCGUGUUCAGUAUUGUCAUUCCUGCCGCAUUUCAUGCAAGUUUAAAUAGUGCAACCACGGCCAACGGGCAGACUCCUGGAGAAGCCGCGGGAGAGAGCGCCGCGAUUGAAGAGGCACAUGUCUUGGCCAUCUCUCGCGGUACGAGUAUCAUCCUACUAUUCGUCUACGCGUGCUAUCUCUUCUUCCAGCUCUGGACGCACGCGUACAUCUAUACUCCCGAGGCAUCAGCCCACCACGCCGCCCAAACUUUCCAACCCGGAUUCGACGGGCCGGGAGCUCCUACAUCACAAAGAGUAUUCCACAUGCCCUCGCUACCUUCCCUUCCAUCCAUUUUCCACGGCAGCGGCACGUCCUCGACCAGUUCUAUUUCCUCAGUCUCCACCGAGGAAGACGAAACGGUGCCCAAACUCAAGAUUCAAGCGACCAUUAUCCUAUUGGCUACCGUCACCGUCUUGACCGGUGUAACGGCCGAGUGGUUGGUCGAUAGUAUCGAUGGGUUGACCAAGAACGGAAAUAUCAGUCGAGAGUUUGUGGCGCUGAUCUUGUUGCCAUUGGUUGGUAAUGCUGCUGAGCACGUCACGGCUGUCACCGUCUCGGUCAAGAAUAAGCUUGAUUUGGCUAUUACAGUCGCAGUCGGCUCGUCUAUUCAAAUUGCGUUGUUCGUUUUGCCAUUCUUGAUCUUGCUCGGGUGGAUGAUUGGCCAACCCUUGACGCUUUUCUUUGAUAUUUUCGAAACCGUUGUUGUAUUUGUUUCAGUCUUGAUUAUCAACUACGCGAUUAGCGAUGGCAAGACCAACUGGCUCGAGGGUCUAGUACUGAUGGUUGUAUAUGUGAUCAUUGGACUGUCGGUGUGGUACUACCCUGGUGCUGUAUCGAAUGAGCGAUAA